CAGAGAGGUGCACGUCAAGAGCCACCAUGACACAACCCACGUCCAAAAAACAGGGAUUUAAAAAGUGCAGGAGUGCCACUUUCAGCAUUGAUGGCUUCAGCUUCACCAUCGUUGCCAAUGAGGCGGGGGAAAGCAACCGCCAUCCACUGGCCCGCUUCGCACGCUCACGGUCCCAGAAUGCACUAUGCACCGCUGUCACAGCCGGCCUUGAGAUCACUGAACACAAAGGAAUUCUGAUUGACCCGCGCAGCGCUGAGGAGAUCCUGGCUGAUGAGCUGCCGGUCCCUGAUGCUGUCGACGCCAUGGAGAAGACUGCAAUCAGGUUGCGGUGUCUCAUAAAGCAGCUGGAGCGGGGGGAGGCAUCUGUGGUGGACCUGAAGAAAAACCUGGAGUACGCUGCCUCAGUCCUUGAAACUCUGUACAUAGAGGAAACCAGGCGGCUGGUGGAUCCAGAAGAUGAGCUGAGUGACAUUCAGUCCGACUCGGUGCCGUCAGAGGUCCGGGACUGGCUGGCUUCCACUUUUACCAGGCAGAGGCGUCUGAUGCUGCGCCGUAACGAAGACAAACCACGCUUCCGGAGCAUCGUCCAUGCAGUGCAGGCUGGCAUCUUUGUGGAAAGGAUGUACAGACGAACCUCCAACAUGGCCGGUCUGACUUAUCCCCCAGAUGUCAUCACUGUGCUCAAGCACGUGGACACGUGGUCCUUUGAUGUGUUUGCACUGAAUGAUGCCAGUGGAGAUCACGCUCUGAAAUUUGUCUUCUAUGAGCUGCUCACCAGAUACGACUUGAUCAAUCGUUUCAAGGUCCCUGUUUCUGCUCUCAUAUCAUUUGUGGAGUCGUUGGAGGUGGGCUACAGCAAACACAAGAACCCCUACCACAACCUGAUGCAUGCUGCAGAUGUCACACAGACCAUCCACUACCUGCUCCUCCACACGGGCAUGGUGCACUGGCUAACUGAGUUGGAGAUCUUUGCCAUCAUUUUUGCGGCUGCCAUCCAUGACUAUGAACAUACAGGAACCACCAAUAACUUCCAUAUUCAGACCAGGUCAGACACAGCCAUGUUGUACAAUGACCGCGCUGUUCUGGAGAACUACCACGUCAGUGCUGCCUAUCGCCUUCUACAGAACGAUGACGACAUGAACAUCCUUUCUAAUCUUACCAAAGAUGACUGGAGAGAACUGCGCACACUGGUCGUGGAGAUGGUGCUGGCCACAGACAUGUCGUGCCACUUCCAGCAGAUCAAAGCCAUGAAAAGCUCCCUGCAGCAGCCCGAGGCGAUUGACAAACCAAAGGCCCUAUCCCUGCUCCUGCACACCGCUGACAUCAGCCACCCUGCUAAACGUUGGGGCCUCCAUCAUCGCUGGACUACAUCCCUGCUGGAGGAGUUCUUCAGACAGGGUGAUAAAGAAGCAGAGUUGGGUCUGCCUUUCUCCCCUCUGUGUGACCGCAAAUCCACCAUGGUGGCUCAGUCUCAGAUUGGAUUCAUUGACUUCAUCGUGGAGCCAACAUUCACCGUGCUGACAGAAAUGAUUGAGAAGAUCGUGACACCGCUUAUUGAGGAGGCCUCUCGCUCUGGACUGGCUGGCUUCAGGCGCUCUAGUGUCAACAGUAUCUGUGGCAGUGAUGGAAAACAUUCCAGUGUGAAGAGUACAGGCUCAGAAGGCAGCUGCUGUCUGACCGCAGUGGACUUUAAGAGCUUCAAGGUCACAUGGAACCAAGAGAUUCAUCACAACAGGGAGACAUGGAAGGAUCAGGCAGCCAAAGAUAUGGGGGAAAAGGUGGAGAAGGAGGCAGAGGAGGGUGGCCAGGAAGAGAAGGAUACAGAAGAAGAGAAACAGUCAAACAGAACUGUCGACACAUCCAAAACAGGACAGGACGAAAUGAAAACCGAUGUGGAGGUGCAGGAGGAGGCUGAGAACAGAGGGCAGCUGGAGGAGCAACAGCCUCAAGAGGAGGAAGGAGACAAGAAUCCUGGUGGAGCAGCAGAGUCCUCGCUGGGAUCAGGCCCCAAUGACCCAGACAGGAAGAAGCCUGACGGUCACACAGAGAAGCAGCAGCGGCAGCGUCCGAACGGCCCUCAGCCUGACUGCCCUGUCAUCCAUUACUGUAAGAGACCCAGCUACGCAGCCAGUUCCCACCGGCUGCUGAGGUCAAAGGUCACUGAGAUGCGGCCCAUUGAUGCCAGGGGGAAGGCCAGGAGACUGCAGCGCAUCUCUCUGCGUCGCCGAAAGUGACCUUAUAGUAUAGAGUGUGACAUCAGCGUGAUGUCACAUCCAAAGAUACUACAGCUAGUGAUGGCCAAAUGAAGCCUUAUGAAGCAUUUUCUUUAUUUUCUGAGCCCACUAAAUGGCGCUCAAGGUCUAAAGAGAGAGGCUCAAAG